AUGAUCGACCAAGGAAAAGCUUACCUUUAUAAAGGAAAAGGUCUCGAGGACAUUAUUAUAGAUGACACAGAUGUUUUAGAAAAUGAAGAAACAAAUUUGGCUCUUCCUAAAAAAGAAUGCACUGAAUUACACGUAACUACACUCAAGUCAAAGAAAAUAAAUAAAGAAUUGGAUAAUAAAAAUAGCUUAAAGAGAUGUUUAAAUUCAAGUUCUGAGGGAGAAACAGAAAACCUCGAAAACACAGAUAACCUAAGAAGAAAAAAAGUAAAAGAAAACCCAGAUAUGGAUUCUAAUGAACAUCAAACUGUAGAAGAAAAUGGGAUUCUUAAUAACAAAAUAAAAUCGAAUGAUGGUGGUGUAGAUGAUGGUGACGUAGACGAUGGUGGCGUAGAUGAUGGUAAUGUAGAUGAUGGUGACGUAGAUGAUUGUGGCGUAGAUGAUGGCAAUGUAGAUGAUGACGAUGUAGAUGAUGGUGAUAUAGAUGUUGCUGUAGUAGAUGAUGGUAAUGUAGAUAAUGCCGAUGUAAAUGAUGGUCAGGUAGAUGACGGUGAUGUAGAUUAUGGCGAUGUGGAUGGUGACGAUGUAAAUGAUGAUGAUGUAUAUGGUGGUGAUGAAGAUGAUGCCGAUGUAGGUGAUAGUGAUGUAGAUGAUGGCGAUGUAGAUGCUGGCGAUGUAUAUGAUGGUUAUGUAGACCAUGGCCAUGUAGAUGUAGAUGAUGUAGAUGAUGAUGAUGGUGAUGUAGAUCAUGGCGAUAUAGAUGAUGACGAUGUGGAUAUUGAUGAUGGAGAUGUAGAUGAUGGUAAUGUAGAUAAUAGCGAUGUAGAUUAUGGUGAUGUUGAUGAUGACGAUGUAAUGGUGCUGUAG